ACGCCAAAAGGGUAUCCCAUCAAUCCAACCCAGAACCCAACACAACCCCCCGCCUCAGCCAUCUCUACACGAGUCCUGAGGACGAAGCAUUCAAGAUGGCGGGCCUCAAACAUUUCAAGUUGGCCGCGGACCCGGCCAUUAUACGGCUAAACAGCAUCAACUCGAACCGAUACAAGUACUUCCGAUGGACACCGAGGACAGCACUGAUCACGUUCAACUACAUCGUGGCGGUUCCUUUAAUAUUGGGUGUGGCUGCAUAUUCGACAGAAGGCAAGUGGAACUUCCGGGCGAAGAGGAAAGGCGACCUGGCUUCCGAGUACUAGAGGGCUAGACGGCACUUUGCGAAUAUGAAGGCAAAGACAGGAGGGAUGUAUGGAUCAAACAAAAUGCAAUAUCUUCAUUACAAAGCUAUGACCCUGUAAUGGAUCCCGAACUUGCCAG